UCCCUGGUUCAAGGACUAAACGGAGCUGACGCGUCGUCUCGCGGGUAUCGAAGGUUGCGAGGAGGCGGAGCCGAGCCGCACCUCUGCGGGGGUAGGAGCGGCGAGUGGAUGACACGGGGGGGGGCGUUGACGUAAUCACUCGUUUCCGGGGUAAACCCCACCCUUUCCUUUAGGACCGAGAAGCCGGUUCAGUUCAUUGAGUCGCCAUUGUCGCUGCUGCUUUGCAGGAUGAAGAUCUGGAGCUCCGAACACGAGUUUGGACAUCCAUGGGAUACUGUAAUCAAAGCUGCCAUGAGAAAAUAUCCCAAUCCUAUGAACCCAUCAGUGGUAGGAGUGGAUGUUCUGGACCGAAGCCUUGAUAAACAAGGAAGGUUGCACAGCCACCGACUACUUAGCACUGAAUGGGGCCUACCAAGUAUUGUAAAAGCGAUUCUGGGAACAAAUAGAACAGUUACAUACAUUCAAGAACAUUCUGUAGUUGAUCCUGUGGAAAAGAAAAUGGUAUUGAGCUCCACAAAUAUAACUCUUACAAAUCUUGUAUCAGUUGAUGAACGGUUGGUCUAUACGCCGCAUCCUGAAAACCCGGAAAAGACUUUGUUAACUCAAGAAGCAAUUAUUACAGUAAAAGGUGUAAGCCUUAGUAGUUACUUGGAAACUUUAAUGGCAAGCACAAUAUCCUCUAAUGCUAGAAAGGGUCGAGAAGCCUUAGAAUGGGUGAUCGGUGAACUAACGUCAACGCGAGAGAGCAUGAAGUCCACAAUGGCAGCAGUUUCAAUGGAGGACUGAUGAACUGCAAUAGACCUUUUUCUAUUAGAUUUUUUUUUCUUGCUGGGACGGAUACUCCAUUGUUUUUUAAUUAGAAAUAUAUAUGUUUAUGUAAUGAGAUUUUACAGGACAGAAGUGACACAUACACCCCAAUUUUGAAGCCUCUCCAGGAUCCUCUGUUUGUCCACAGUGCAAAUUAACAUAACCAUAUUUUUAAUUUUUCCGUGGUCUCAAGUUACAAGUGCUCACAUUCUCUAGAUUGUAAUUACCUCAAGUCCUACGGAAGUGAAAUGUACAUGGAACCGGCAAAACAGACUGAGGAUGGGAGCCUACAUAAGUACCAAACUGUGCCUUGAUAAGAGCCGAGGGAAUAGACUUUCCAUUUUAUAUCCCUUUUCUUGUACUUGAUAUUUAUUUAUUUUUCUUUAAAAGUGCAGUUGCCAUUCUUCUGUAAAGGACAAACAGGUACGAAAAGCACUGGAGAUCUUGUCUCUCUCUAAUGGCUAGAUAAGUGUAGUGUGGAGGAAACAUGACCAGCGCAGGAAGUUGAGAGAGACUUGAUGUGAUCAUCUACCUACUUCUGUGGCACAACCUUCAUUUGCGUUAGUGGAGUCACAAAGAAGAUCUGGACAACGUUCCCUGAAAUGAAGUUGUGCAGCCACAUUCCUUGGUGGAUUGUGCUCUCUGUUGGAAGCCAGGGAUCUCCUCCUGAAACUUGGUCUUUGUGGGUACAAGCUCUUCCUUGCACUGUUCAAAUGCAGAGUCUGAACAAGAUGUGCCAAUACUCAACCACUGAUUAAUGCAGAGAAGUGGCCAUUUUGCUGGAGUAAAAUGGCUCAAAUCUUCUGUUGUCUUUUGUGUUUUUUUCCAAUAGGUAAUUUUCAUAUAUAUGAGUAUUCAUUCUGCUUGCUUAUGUGAAGGCAAUUGAUACCUCAGUGAUCAGUUCUAGGAAACUAUUUUCUACAUGCAAUUUUUAAUUCUAACAAAAAAGUGUAUACGUUUGGCUUUAGUUCAUUUCUUCUCGUAAUAGAUACAAGCCUACAAAAGGUAUUUAUGGGCAACUCGACAUCUCACACCCAUCUUCUGGAACUCUGCUUAGCAGUUCCGUGGAGGUGAAUCUUUUGUAAUGGGAGGGAGCAUGAUGCUGUGAACCACAACUGUCUUUUCCACAGAGCUGAUGACCUUCCUCACCAAACCAGUUCAAACCCCAUGUCUAACUUCUGAUUUCAACGGAACUUUAUUUAAAGAAACAUCUUAGAUUCCAAGUAACAACUUCUUAUUGAAGUUGGUGAGGCUUAACUAGGUUGGGAUGGCAGUAGCCCUAGAUGUUCUACAUAAAAGAUGAGAGAGAAAAAGAAGAGUGACUAGCAAACAUCUUAAUGGAAUAGCAUUUUUAAAUCAUUCUGAAAGCACAUGGGUUCAUGUAAGUUCAUAAGCUGUUACAUUCUGUAUGAUUUAAAGUUUUCACUGGAUUAAUUUUGUUAAGAGUUCACCACUGAUUGUUGAAAGUUUGGUCUCUGGCAACCUUUAUGGCAUAGAAAGCUGCGAACAUCUUAACAUUAAAAGUGAUUCCAAGCA